GAUAGAUAGCUCAACACUAUACAUCUAGACCGGCUGCUCAUCAUGGUCGCUUGAUCGUUCUUCACCAUAUCGUCCUUCUCUUCCUUGGUUACUGCACUGUGUAGAGGCCCCUCGACGCCAGAAGGACGCCUUCCUGGCGGAUUGCUCGGCUGGCCGAAUCGACAUCAUAGAUAUUGCCAAUUGCGGACGAAGACAGUCUUGCCGUCAUGGCCACCGGUCUCCUCUUAUCAUUCGUGGCAGCAGUCCAAGCCUCUCUAUCUGUAAUUCUGGUCAUCUUCUACGGCGCUCUAGCAGCAAAGCUAUCUCUGCUCAACUCUGCCAAUGGCAAAGCCAUUUCGAAGAUCUGCGUGCAGAUGUUUCUUCCCUUGUUGCUCCUUGUACAGAUUGGAUCGGAAUUACAUCUAGAAUCUGCACAUCGCUAUGGUAUUAUAUUGGCAUGGGCGAUUAUCUGUCAUAUCAUAUCAUUCGUGAUUGGCAUUGUCGGACAUGUGUUUCUUGGAUUUCCCGACUGGAUCACGGCAGCAAUCAUGUUUAACAAUACGACAAGCUAUCCAUUAUUGUUGAUACAGAGCCUCGACCAAACCGGAAUCUUGAAGACUUUGAUUGUGGAGGACGAGAGUACGAAGGCUGCGAUCGAAAGGGCAAAGAGCUAUUUCCUGGUUUUCGCGACAGUGUCAAGUUGCUUGACAUUCGCUAUUGGACCACGACUCAUCGACUCAGAGCAUGCGCCUGAAGCGGAUAGCUCCUCGGUGGAAGAUGAGACAUCAAAUGGGAAUGUCACUAUUGCUGCAACAGACAUUGAGAGUGGAAGCGGAAACACAACGCCAACGCCAACAUCACCAGUCUCACCAACAGAGCGCUCUCGAUUGCUCCCACCCCGGAGGAAAUCGCACCAUCAACGGCAUACGUCCAUCACAUUCUUCCCAUCGCAGCCCAAGUUCGCAUCGCUUCCUCGGAGACCGUUCUAUAUUCCUCGACCCAAGUGGAAGGACUUCAGUCCCCGGGCUCAGUGGUGGCUACUGUUUCUCUACGACUUCGUGAAUGCGCCUCUGGUAGGCGCCGUGCUCGGAGCCAUCAUCGGAUUAACACCGGCCUUGCACCGCGCGUUCUUCAAUGACACUUACUCCGGCGGUUUCUUUACGGCCUGGUUGACUGAAAGCUGGAAGAAUGUCGGUGGAUUGUUCGUACCAUUGCCGCUCAUCGUUGCAGGGAUCUCAUUGUACACUUCGUACAAGGAGUCCAAGCAACCUUCACAGGCGCAAUGUGUGUCUUCUAAAUCGGUACCUUGGUUUACGACGUUCAUACUCGUCAUCCGCUUCGUCAUCUGGCCAGUGUUUAGCAUUGGUGUGAUCUAUGCAAUUGUGAAAAAGGCAGGUAGACAUGGAGUCUUGGGCUCUGAUCCGAUGCUGUGGUUUACAAUGAUGAUCAUGCCCACUGGGCCACCUGCGAUGAAGCUGAUCACCAUGGUUCAGGUAUCGGACGCUGGUGCUGAUGAUGAGCGACAAAUUGCCAAAAUUUUGACCAUAUCGUAUAUCAUUAGUCCAUUACUGGCGUUCACUGUUGUCGGUGCGCUCAAUGCAAGCCGGGCCGCUAUUGGCGUUUGAUUUGAUUGUGAUUUGAUUCAUAUUUGCUGACAUGUAGUUGAAUAUAUACUGUAGACAUCUCAACCC